GAUGACGCAAUAUUUCCGGGUGUAACAGCACGCGCCGGCCCGGAGGUAACUGUCGGUCAUUGCGCUUGGCAGAGAGACUGAAACACACAAACCGGCUCUGGAGAUUGCACAUCUUGGAGCUACACAUCGGACACUUCCCUAAUCUUUCUGAACUUUGAUCUGGGAUCCUUAGUUGGACACAGGGCAACAAACUCGCUCUAUAUCUCAGGCUUGGCCUGAUCCCUUCAUCUUUCAGUCCCCUUCAGCUUCUCAGCAGAUGUGCGUCUGAACAUGGACCUGAGUACCAUUCUCUUGUUCCCAGUACAUGCAGUAGUAUGGCUCUACUCCCUCUUGAGCUUUCUACCAUGGUACUUCAUGACUGGAGUUCAGAAAAAGAAAGCCCUGGCAAAGAGAGUCAAAUCCAGGUCAACCACCGGUCAGGCUGAAGGGCCAUAUCGUUCCGUGGAUCGCUUCGACUCCCUGGUCACGGAGGACUACGCUGGAAAAGACACGCUUGAUAAGCUGUUUGACUAUGCGGUGGAGCGUUUCGGUAAAGCGGACUGCCUGGGAACCAGAGAAGUUCUGAGCAAAGAAAAUGAGACUCAGCCGAGUGGGAAGGUCUUCAAAAAGGUACAUCCUCCUCUGACAUAUUCUGUACGGCUAUUGAGCAGACCCAUAGUGAAGCCCGUCCCAUCAGACCUCGCUGUUAUUAUGUACACCAGCGGCUCCACCGGUAGACCUAAAGGGGUGAUGAUCAUUCACAGUAACCUGAUCGGGGGCAUGGCAGGCCAGUGCGAGAGGAUACCUGGAUUGGGACCAAAGGAUACGUAUAUUGCCUAUCUUCCUCUUGCUCAUGUGCUGGAAAUGACGGCUGAGAUCUCGUGUGUGACGUACGGCUGCAGGAUCGGCUAUUCCUCCCCACAAACACUGUCUGAUCAGUCAACCAAAAUUAAGAAGGGAAGUAAAGGUGACUGCACCAUGCUGAAACCUUCUCUAAUGGCCUCCGUACCUGAAAUAAUGGACCGGAUCAAUAAGAACGUCAUGAGUAAAGUGCAGGAGAUGAACUGCGUGCAGAGAACCCUGUUCAAACUGGCCUACGACUACAAGCUCGAGCAGAUCAAGAAGGGUUAUGAUGCGCCCCUGUGCAAUAUUUUGUUUAAGAAAGUCAGAGCUCUGCUGGGUGGAAACGUGCGGAUGAUGCUGUCCGGAGGAGCCCCUCUGUCUCCCACCACUCAGCGCUUCAUGAACAUCUGCUUCUGCUGUCCUGUUGGUCAGGGUUACGGUCUUACUGAGACCUGUGGAGCGGGAACUAUAACUGAGGUUGCUGACUAUAGCACAGGACGAGUUGGAGCUCCUCUAAUCUGCUGUGAGGUCAAACUCAAAGAUUGGGCAGAAGGUGGCUAUACGAAGCAUGACAAGCCUCAUCCACGUGGUGAGAUCCUCAUCGGCGGUCCUAAUGUGACCAUGGGCUACUCCCGGAGUGAAGGCUGUAAUAAUGAAGACUUCUUUGCGGAUGAGAACGGCCAGCGGUGGUUCUGCACUGGUGAUAUAGGAGAGAUGCACCCUGACGGCUGUCUUCAGAUUGUCGAUCGCAAGAAGGACCUUGUGAAACUUCAAGCUGGGGAGUAUGUCUCUUUAGGCAAAGUUGAGUCAGCUCUGAAGAACUGCUCUCUCAUUGACAACAUCUGUGCUUACGCAAACAGUGACCAGAACUACGUUAUCAGCUUCAUUGUUCCUAAUCAAAAGAACCUGACAGCUCUUGCCAAUCAGAAGGGCAUUGAGGGCACAUGGGAAGAGAUUUGCAACCACCCAGUUAUGGAAAGGGAAGUUCUGAGAGAAAUUAAAGAAGUUGCAACUUCAAUUAAACUCCAGCGCUUUGAGAUACCAGUUAUGGUCCAUCUGAGCCCGGAGCCUUGGACCCCUGAAACGGGCCUGGUGACGGACGCAUUCAAACUGAAGAGGAAAGAACUGAAGAACCACUAUCUCAAUGACAUCGAAAGAAUGUAUGGCCACAAGUAGGACCUCUAUCACAGCCAAAGACAUCUUCAUCAGCUCCUUGCUGUACAACAUUGCUGUAUAUCAAUAAAUGUUAAAACACCAUUUGCCACAACUGUCACCACUGCCCAUUGCUUAGUGAUGCGAGCAAAUUUUCAAAGACGAACAGUGUUGAUAAGCCAUUGGUCUGUGUAUUUUUAUUCCUGAGCUUUGUGGGCUUUUCAUUCAGAGCUCUGUAGUCUCUCUGCUGUGAAAUAGUUUACAAUUAAUGUCGUAGCUGAUUAGUUUGAGACCUGUUGGGUAAAGGACGAUAUUUAUCUUAUCCAGCAUAAAGCAUUCACUAAUUUCUCCUUUUUGUAUACAAAAGGAGUCUCUUGUGAAAAGGAUUUCAUCCAUACAACAGCGAUAUACUGCCAUCACCCUGCGCUUUCUUUUUUCGAACGUGUGAAAUUCUAUUGUUUGUAAAAAUGUUCACUUGUUUGGUUUAAUAGAAUUUGAAGACACAAACCGCUAGCUGAGGUGAAGUCUUUGCACAGCGGAACUCCGCCUCCUUGUAGACGCAAGUAAUAUAUAGUGAUGUUUCUGUGCCUUCUGAUUGGUCACUAUUUUAAAUGUUGAUUCCCUAUUGGCUGCAAAUUAGUAUUUGAUUCCUGUGCUUCAUUCAUGCAGCGCACUAGGAGUUAGAGUCUUCAUAAUGGUUACAAACCAUGUUUUUUAUAUACUUGAGAUUUCUUUUUGUUUUGGUUAUGAAAAUGUAUGUAAUGUUUUGAAUACUAAUUGACGCAUUUACUAGUGCGCAUGGAUUGACUCAGGACAGGUUGAGAUGACUGGCAAGUAGUUUAUUGCUCAUUUGACCUGUUUGGUGGACUGAACUUAAAUGAAGGGAACAUUUUUUUUAGGAAUAGUUUUUCCCUCUCAAGCCAGAGGUAAAGUUUGUAUUAUAUCUGUAUCAUCUUUUCACGUCAAGAUUUUUUUCAAACCAUUCAUUUUACUGUUAACAGUGUCUUGAUUGUCACAAGCUCGCUUGUCUGUCGCAAAUUCCACUUCUGCAGGCUUUUAAUAUAUUUGGUAAUAUGUCAUUAAACCAGUCCUCAAUACUUAAUGUAUAAAGCUGAAAAGGAACAAACCCAAGAAUAUGAAUUUUGAGGUUGAGGAACCCUUGUCAGUCAGUUAAUAUUGUAUUCUGUAUUUUAAUUUAUUUGGUCAAACCUAGACAUUUCAUUUGAAUCCUUGUUUAAUUUAUUUCCUUUUUUUUUAAGGAAGUGUGAUCUGUUACAGGCACUGUAAUUUGUUAGCUCUUGGGUUACCGAAUGUCUCAUUCUAGAAAGUGUUUUAUUUAUAAUUAUUUUGUCAGUUGCACUAUUCUUUUUGUCAGGGAUUUUUAGCCAUUGUUAAACGAAUAGCCAUUAAGCCAACAAAUUAAUCAGUUUUUUCCCCACACAACCCUCAGGGUUCAAGUCACCACAAGCUAGACUAUACAGCAGUCAAAUGUUUGCAUUGAUAAAUUGUGAAUUCACUUGUAGAAUGUUCUAUGAUGCUUAUUUAUUGUGGUUCACUGUAUGUUAUAUUUGCUGAGGACAAUUAAAAUCGUUUUCUACUCAAA